CCAUGCUACGGCGUCGCUCGACCUCUUGGCUGUGACACUCCACAAGCGUCCGCUGAGAACAGAGGCCUCGCGGUGUUCAGCGAUCAUGAACGAAGAAAUUAUCCAAGUUGCCUUCACCCUCUUCGGAGUCUGCGUCCUCGUCGUGCUCGGAAUCGCCUCGCUCCUCGUUGUGCUUCCCCUUGGCGCUGGCCGCGCUGUGAACGAGCCGAUGGCACAUACGCAGCCUGGGGAGGCCCCGGCACGCGGAAACCUGCUUACUCGGGCGUCGAUCACGUUCGCGGGCUCUUUUGUUUGGGAACCUGAAGCCGACGCAAACCAAGGCGUCAGCCCGUUGCUCGCCAGCCUGGCCCCAAUGAGAAUUCCUGUCAAGUGGAUCCUCUUGAUGCUUGCAGACGGCAUAGAUGCGGAAACAUUGGAGCAGCUGAAGCGCCUGCCUGGAGGCCAAACUAUCCUCAGCCUUCAAGAUGAGGCCAUGAGCGACCCUGCCAAGUUUGCGCAACUCGAGAAGAUAUGGAUCGAUCACUUCAGGAGGGUCAAGAAGGAGGUGGACGGGUAUUGCGAACUAAUGGGAUACGAGGUGGCCCACGUCACAUUCUCGGUGGCUCAUUGGUGUCACACCGAGGGGAUGCAGAGAGUGUACCAUGAUCUCCUCCGCCGUGUAUUCACCGACCUGCCUGAAUCUGCCUUCCACUACACCGGGGAGGCCAACAGCGCCGCUCGCUGUUUGAUUGAGGAGGAUCUGAAGUUGCCAAAUUCCAAGUUGUCCAAGAUUGCUGGCGACAGAAGGACCUUCCUGUUCUUCGACCCUGGUGGGAGCUCUCUUGGUAGCUCACUCAUUCUGCUACACCGGGAUGGGAAUCAGAUGAGGAACGAGAAUGAGCCGGCGGCCAUGCUCGAGAUUCGGGAGUCCGGCUGCUUUGGGGGAAGCGAAGUCUGGGAGUGGGCGAUUGUUGAAAAGAUCACGGAGAACAUGUUCCCACGCCCAACGAAUGAUCAGCUCACCAAGUUCAUGCAGAACUUCCGCGCGCAGAAGGGCAGGAUUGCCAACCCAUACGACGAUAACAUCGACUUUUCCGAUGUCAACGGCGCAGCCUAUAGUGUGUCCGACAGCGAGAGCGGGGAAUGCUACAAUCUCGCCUUCGAGAAGAUCACCACGCUGAUCCAAGCCGAGAUUGCAACGACGAUCACGGCACUCGGGGGACCGGAGAAAUUUAUCGUGAUCUUCAGUGGAGGCGGCUGCCUCGGCGUUCACAUAAUAAAUCUUCUGGUGGAAUGUGCCAAGGCCACGGGAGUCGAUGCAUUGAUUCAUGGUACCAAGGGCUUGGGCAAGAGUAAUCCGAACAGAAUUGGCAUGGUUGCCCGAGGGAAUGCCUACGCAAUGAAGCACGCGAUAUCUCUUGGCCAGUUCCUUGGUCGCGGCGCGACCUUUGGAAUCCAGACCGGCGACGGAGCUGGUAAGAAGUGCGAACUCAUUAUGCCGCUCGCCGGGUUGGGGGCGGCCGAGGGCGCCAACAUGCGUUUUGACGUCGAGCGGUCGCAGUUGGACAAGGCAGACGAGGCCACCAUGCCCAUGUGGCUGGUGUGCGACGCAUUCUUCGGGGACGUUCCGGAUCAGGGAAGGCAGAUGGCCUACACCACCUGCUACGACGUGUGCAGGCUCCGCGGUGUCUCGAGGGCGGGCGCAUACGUGUACAAAAUUCGCAUCGAGCGCGCCGAGCAGGAGGGCAUGGACGCCAUAGAGAAGGCGUCGAUUGUCAUCACGUGCAGAUUCACACCCGCGGGGCGCCGGCCCCGGAAGAACCCCCACGUGGACCUUGAGCCCGAGGUCAUUCCGAUCCACUAUCACAUCGGAUCGGGAUGCGCCCUGGUGGACGUGCGGAAGCUGGAGGCGGAGGCGGCGGCGGCGGGACAGGCCGAUGUACAAAUGGCCGAUGUCGAGUAGAUUCUUGUGUUGCCGCUGAUGGUCAAUGGGGUCAUGGCUCCGGACUGGGGGCAUGGGGUGCGCGCUUGGGAGAUGUUCUUGGCCAUUUUUUGGAGGCUGUGACGGGAAAACGGUGUAAGAUAGGUCUAUUUUAGCCUUAUCUAGAUCUCCGAAGAGAAA